AUGAAAGGACUCAUUCGGCAGGUUCACUCUGAUGACUCGAAGUUGUUUGGCGCUCUCAGAGAGGAGCUAAAGAAGGACUCGUAUGAUCUUGCCGCGGCCGAGGAUCUCGACCUGAGCAAGGACGCCGCAACGAGCGCCGCAGUGUUUACCGCCAGGAUUGAUAAACUAGUAUUGGGCGUUUCCACAUCCAUGGACUAUAUCCACCAAGGAUUCAGUGCCCUCGAAAAAUUCAAUGGCUUCAAAGGCUGCAUCGCAAGUGCCAAACGGGCUAUCGACAGGAUUCCUGAUGUAAAAGGGGGGUUCCGCUACAUGAAAGGCCUUACCGUCCUUGUUACGACCAUAAAGGCGCCGACACCGGGAGAACCGGAGGACCUCUCGGGCAAAGAGGUUAGUGCGGCAGAGGUGUUGGACGAGAAGCUUGAGGAAAAGAUAAGCUCCCCCGAAGGUUCUGAAGAACUCGGCUCAAUCAAUGAGGAGCCUUCUCACAACGCAGAAAUCAUCGACCGUGGCUUGGAGGAUCUGGGUCCCGGUGAGAGAAUCCCCAGCCUGAAUGAACCACCCUGGGAGCCUCCGGAGGAUAUACCACCAUCUGGGCGAGCGUCAUGGAAGCAGUCUACCACUCGCGAAAGCGUUAUCAAGGGCCUCAACGUCACCCUCGGAAUGUGCUUUACCAUAUCCAUGUCGCUUGAUCUGAAGAACAACUGGAAUAAUUAUGCGCGCGUGGGAAAGGCGCUCAACGUGCUGCAGAUUGCCAUCCAGGGUUUGACGGUCCUCGCCGACGCGUCACUCCUAGUUGGAGACUUCGUCGCAAGCGGCGGGCUGGCUGCCGACUGUGCCAUUAUGGUCGCAUUACCGGUCUUAGGGGCGGUGCUCGCCGUCGUCAGAAUCGUCGUCCUGGCUCUUCUCACCUUCUUGCACCUCACUAAACCAUCGGUUCCAGAAGACACGCCUGUCGAGAAGUUCCUCAAGAACACCGCACAUCCGUUCAUCGACGGGCUCACGCCGCAGCCAAAGCCAUCACUCACGUAUUUGGCGCCAGCCCAGGUCACGGCAGAUGCCAUCUCUGCACAGGUGCCCAUCACGGGUACGAACCACACCGGUGCCGACGUGGCCCUCACGUGCUCGACAAUCACGCUUGAGGUCGGUGCCGGCAACGCGGCACUGUUCUCAGGCCCGACUACAGCGUGGACUGUGGCUGGCAAGCAUGACCCGGGCAAGCCAAGUACUUUGAGCGUUGACGGUACCAUUGGUGUCGCGGGAGAAUCAGCAGAAACGGUCGCGACGGGGUAUCUCGCGCCGCAAGACAGAGGCAACAACUUAGUGUCAUAUGACCUUUCGGUGCAGGCGUCGCCUACUACUAAUGAAGCGAACGGGCUGUUAAUUGUGAAGGCGGGCCAGAGCAUCGAGAUCGCAUAG